AUGGCAACCAUCACGCGCUCACCCGGGAUGAAUACUCCUAACGGACUCUGCCCGCGACACUGCGCCGAGGAAGGAUCAUUCAUCGGGAUCUCGGGAUACCGUCGUGCCGAGCAUCGAGAUCUACCGUAUUUAGAGCAGCUGUACUUACCCGAAGCGAAUCGGCUCGGCCGGCUACCUUUAUUGUAUCGCUGCAACGUAAAUCGACCUCCUCUCCGUCCGCUCCUCGGUAUAUCGUCGUUACGUAAAAUUCGCAGCGAGACUUCCUGCCUUUCGGUGGUCCAGUAUAACGAGGAAGACGACGUCGUUUCGGGGAUAUGCCUCUGCAAUUAUCCCAACGUACCGUCUGUACCGCCGGACGACUGGUUGACUUGGUUAAAGACGACUCACAGGUUUCCGAAAAGGAUCCUCGCCGCCACGGAAAGGAACACGAUGUUCGUCCACUGGCUCGUGUGGGACGAGAAUUACUCGGAUCACUUCCUCAAGGACCUCCUGGCUGCCCUCUUCGAUAUCACCACCUAUUGCCAGCACGUGAUCCUCGUGAUACCUCCUCGGGUUGCACCAGCGGACGUGUUCGAGCGAGAGAUGACGAGAAUCCCGGCUGAGGGCGUCCAGGAUAUCGAGGCGGCGCAAUCCUUGUAUCUGAGCGAUCGCAGUCAGUUCCGUCAAAAGUUGAAGAUACGGAGAAUCGUAGAAGAAGACAACGACGACGUGAUACCGAUUAUCGACGGCGAGACGACGCGCCUGAGAGAGCUCUACGGGGAGUACUACAUCAGUGAGAUGAUUCGUUACCCGGAUGGCUGCCGUCAGCUGAUCAUCGGCGAAGAUAUCGACGGCUCGGCAGCGGGUGCCAUGUGCCUGAACUCUACGAUCGACAUCGAUCUGCUGAAUGAGAACUUCGAGUUGACGGCGUACCACGGCCUCCGGAAACCUCACGAGAACGACGAAGAGCCAUCCGACGUCGCGAAGUCAACUAGCGAGCUUCUGCAAUUUGUAUUUUCGCAAAUGUCGUGCGAGCACACUGCGAGAUCAUCGGGCCGAAGCUCGAACGAUAAUUCUUUCCAUGAGCGACAGGCGACGGAAGCAACCGAUGACAAACGGUGCUCCGAAGAAACGGGUUGGUGCAUCUUCGUCACACGUCUAAACGACCAGAACGAAAGCGGGGAAGAUCCUCCCGCAAAUGCACGGCUGGGAACGAUUGUUUCAUCGAACGUACCGACGAAACGCGAGGUCUCCUUUCAGCAAGAUGUCGAAGUCGACAACGACGACAAUCCGACGUUACGUGACGUGCGAACGAACGUUCCUGAUUCCACGGAGUCCAUCGACCCGAUGGCUUCGGCUCAGUCUCCCGAAUCAGAGGAGCUCUGUAAAUCGCGCUCGGAUCAAAUUGCGAGACCGGAUGUACCGUCAACGGACGUCGGUGAUCUACCGUCAAUCUUGAAUGACGUCGACGUGCAAUUCCACUCGAAGAUGCAAGCGAGUAUUCUCGCCGAGGCGAUGCUCGAGCUAUCCCGAAAAAGGAACGCUCCUCUACUUGCCGUCCAAGUCGACGAGACGGUGCAGUCGCGACUCAUCCACGACCUUCUUCCGCCUCCGACGUAUCACGGCGAGAAAAAUGCUUUCAUCCUGGAGAUCUUCGCGAUGCGCGAUGGAAUGAGACCCCAUUGGUCCUUCGAUUUCUUGGAGGCAGCUUUCGACAGCUUCCCGGACUUGGAUUACUGCGUGGUCCUCCUCCCUUCCACGCGACCACCCCAGAAGUACCUUCAACAUUUCAUGAACGAACGUCACGCGAACAUCUCGUGCGAACAGCGCGUGCCGUUCAGAUGCAACAAGGACUUCCCGAUGAUACUGUACGUCCUGCACCGAGCGGUUCUCUUCGGGGAGAUCAAGUGUCGUCGCGCCGAAGUACGAGAUCGAAAUACCGUACAAGGACUCUUAGCCGCUAUGCCGACGAAGCAUGAAACCCUGGCUGACUUUGACCUCGCGAUGGAUCCUUUGCAACUCGAUCUGGAUUGUUUCGUCUUUGAAUGCAACGACACGAUGCUCGGGCUCGCUAUACUGAGGUUAUUAUUCUAUAUAAAGGCACAGAGCAUCCCAAAACUAUCGUACAAUGUUUCCAUUUAUUCUGGAGCUGAAUUGGAAAAUUCUACUACGAGAAUCAUCGUUGCAAAUUUCCGAUUUCACAGUACUCAUCACUUCGUCUUAUCUCACAUACACAAGCACAGCGUUGAGAAACAAGUCGACUUCGUUAGAAGCCGUUACCAUGUAGAAGAUUAUGUGUCUAUGCAAAGCAUUCAUCAAGAUGAUUACGGACGCCUCUUGCAUUUCGUCCUUACGCCGAUUUUCUUCGCUUAUCAUCGCUUCUUCUUCCGCGAGAUCGCGCGUUUGAGUGGAUUAACGGUAAUCUUCUAUCGACUUCAGCACGAAGAUGAGAGUGCACUGACACGGAAGCGUCCCUUGGCAUCUUGCCUGAGCGACAUGAUUCCCGUUAAUCCCCGUAAACAAGCCGGAUACAGGUUCCCAGUUAUUUCAGAGAAAAUCAACAUGACGGAGGUUGGCACAAAAGACGACGAUAUGUUCUCCCUGUUUAUGACGUCGCCGCGACUGGCGAUGAUGCCUCGCGUGAUGAUCGACCUGAGAAUCGUCAUCGUCGGAGCGUCGAAUUGCGGUGUCGCUCUUGCAGAGUAUCUCGCUUUACGAUCGAUGUGCCGUUAUACGAACCUCACGCUCAUAUCGCCGCAUGGUCUGCCGUUUGAUAAGGAACGAAGUCCCGUGGAAACGUCGCUACUUCCGUUCCGAGGCACAUUUUGCCCGGAAUAUCGUCGCUGCGUAGCCGUGAGGACCUGGGUUAAUAUCGUUUACGGGACUAUGACAGCGAUCAACAGGUACCCCUGUUCAGUUACACAAGCUGAGAUCUUUCUCUGUGCGGAUAUACUCAAAGAACAAACAGCUCCGUUAGCGUUAAUUAUUUUUUACUCCGAUUUUUUACUACGAUAUAUGCAUAAUCGAGUUCUCUCGCGUACCAGGAAGGAGAAAUACGUGACCGUGAUGAAUCAAGGAAAUCUCGCGUACGAUUAUUUGGUCUUAACUUGCGGCCUACAGUAUCAACGACCGACGUUGCAAGGGGAAACGAAAGCGCGGAAACGAGGGCGCGCGUAUAUAGCGAUGCCGUUAGAGGAUUAUUCGGCGAUUCUUCCCAAUGAUGUUAUUCAAAUCCUAGGAGCGAUAUUGCUUUACGGGCGCAAUAUCGACUGCUACUGUGCGCUUCGCGGUCUGAUUGAGUUCGGUGUGAAUCCUCGGUGGAUCACGUUGAUCGAGCCGAGUCUGAACUCCGACGAAACGGACGACGACGUUUUCUACUGCGAUCGCGAGGUACGACCUGGACGGCACAAAUGCCCAGAAGACAUCCGCAAGGUGGACGAAGCAGUGACGAAUGCCGUUUUACAAAACGGAGUCCGAGUGCUGUCCGGAUGGUGCAUGAUCGAUUGGAGCCUGACGCGACGUAUAGACGGACAAAUCGCGAUCGAAAAUAUCACGAUCGAGAAAAAAGGAGAGACGAGGACAUUGCUCUGCGACAUUCUUCUGAAUUUUCACGAGAAGACGAUCAACUUAAACGCAUUUUUCGCGUUUUGCCGCGCCGGUCUCGUUUUCAACGGCUCGCUGAUUAUAGAUCUGGAGUGUCGUACGAAUGAUCCGUUUAUUUUCGCCGCUGGUACCAUGACGAAAUACUCCAGGAGGUUUCGCGCCGAGUCCUCGCAACAUAUAUAUUUCAGUAGCAUCGAGGUCGGCCAAAGAGUCAGUGAGAUAGACAGCUGUGCUUUUCUCGCCGAGAUUUUACAGAGAGAGAUCAACGUCCAACGGAACGACGAGGAGAUUUCUCAGCUGUGGGAGAAGCAAAAAGCGCGCCCGACAGUUCCGGUAUUUCGUGCGCCCGUCGUAAUCGCAUGCAUUUUGCCGGGAGAUUAUCAUUAUUUGCACGUACGCAAACCCGGAAAGGAAACCCUGGCGAUUAAUCGGAAACCCUCCGUGAUUUUAUUAAAUUAUAUCUUUAAAUUUAUUUAUUACUCGAAUUAUCUAAUUACUCAAAAUAUGAAGUACAAAUUUGGAGAUUCAAUAACGCCAGCGCGAAAUCUCUUAUCGUUUCUUGACAUACAGGGAGAAGUAUUCAUCACUGGCUCUUGCACGUCCAAAAUUGGAUACUUUCGCAUUCGAUUGAAUCCUUACGACUCUGUAGACACUGUGACGUGCCUCAGAAGGAAGACAUUUGAAGUGCAGGAUAUGAUCGCUUUGUACGGGAAGCAUGAGAUUAUGUUAAACGAAUUGAAGUUCCGCUUUAAAAACUCGUCUGUCUCGGAUCUCUACGCGUACUUUCGCGAACCGUGGGCCACGGCGAUUUUCCAUGACAGAUUCGAGUGUCUACGCGCCGAAAAUCGGGUCGUUUUGCUGUCACGAACGCACGCUCACACCGAUUCCAUGGUCGACGAUUGCGUGAGUGCUUUAAUCAAGUCUAAGUGGCAAGAGAUAUCGAAACAAGAUCGACGCUACAUCGAAUCAAGAUACGCCGGCUCGAUUUAUUACCGAAAGCUUGAGAACAAUCUUGUAAGUUUUCUGGAAUUUUACGAAAGUGAUCUGCCGAUGUAUUGCACUCCGUGCAAGCAACGACGAAUGUACAUGGAUGUCGAGGACAGUCCGUUGUAUUUUGAACAAUGAAGACAUUGUGCAAAAAUUCAUCAAAGACGCGCGUUUUCUACUUAAAGACGAAGAUAAGAUCGCAUAGAUAUACUGAAAUGGAGUAAAAAGUUAAAUCUUUGAUUCGCGCAAACUUUACCGCAUAAAUCGCGAUCGAGUCCAAUUGAAUGAAAAUCGAUUCGAGUCGGAUUAAUAAUCAGACGUAGGAAUUUGUACUACAAAAUCCAGUCGACGAUAAAAGUCUAGGGAAACUGAUAUGGUUGUAUCCUUCCUACUAUCAAAAAGUUUAACUUGCAUAAGAGCGAUCUCUGGUGAAAUAUCAAGUAAAUCAAACAAUAAAUACAUAACCAGUAAUGUAUCGGAUGAAUUUCAUGAUCAAUUUAUUUAAACUAAACUUUAAACACAAACAAAAGAAUAAGAUCCUAAUUUUUAUACUUACAAGUAUUUUUAAUGUGUAAAUAUAUGCAGUGUAUAUUAGUAAAUAUAUUUCUGCAUAACACUUGAUAAUCUAAAUGUCUUUUCAUGUUUUUUUCGUAAAUGCGUUAAAUAAAAAAUUAUACUUUUAAGCUAUUUUGUGCUACUGCAACGUUCUUACCAUCUUCUUACUAUCAAGAGGUUUUUAGACCUCUUGAUAGUAAGUAAGUAAGUUUUCGUGACUACAGAAAAGAUUUGUAGAGGGCCCGGAGGUAAUUGAAGAAGAGUGACAUUAUCGACCAUUUUUAUUCGAUAUAAAUACCUGGACAUUAAAUGUGUAAUGAUAUAUUCAUUUUAUAACUUACAAUUAUCUCGAUGUUUUAUCGACAUAUAUACAAAAGCAAUAAUAAAUUACGUUAGAUAUUAUAUCUGCGUAAUUAUCUUAGUUUAUACUGAUUUGAUAUAGAUAUUUCGACAGGUGGUUAUUAUAUAGAAAAAUUUUUCGUAUACAUAAUUCCUAUAAGAAAUAAAACAAUCUUCAUUAUUACCUCUCAUCGAUGACUGAAAAUAUAAUAAAUUACAAAUGUUUAAUAUCAAGGAAAAUAUCGCAAAUAAUUGUGUAUGAAGUUCUUAAAUAAUUAAUGUUGACACCACGGUUGUGUCAUAGAUUUCAAGAUCAUGUCUAUGCGGAUUAUAUACGUAUUGCUUGCAUGAUGUAUACAGGGUGUCCCAUUUUAAAAAAUGCACCUCGAUAAU